AACUUUAUAAAAACAACAUGGCAGCCCUGUGUCGAUGUGCACGUUUUUGCCUUUCAAAGGCUAUUCAGUUGCCUCUAAGACCAGUAUUUUCUUCUAAUUCCAAGAACUUUAUAUGGGAAAACAAGUGUCGACCUUCAAUCUUUUCAAUUGACAUAAGAAGACAAUUUGUACAACCUGCAUCCGCUGAAAAAAAUGAACAGGAAAGAACAUUUAGGACAAGACAACCUGUGUCUGACCAACCAAUGCAAGCUCUUGGAGAUUUUGUGCAUCAGUACAGACGAAGUAGACAAGAUUAUAUUCAAAACUGUAUAACCAUGUUUCAGGAAAAAGGCUUAGACAAUAUUGAAGAUGGUAUGUUUGUACUUAGAAGCACUGGUGAACCUCUCUCUCAGCUACAUCCAGAUAACAGAAUGAAAUACACAGAUAUGAUUUGGGAAUGCAUACAGAAAAGUGGAUUGCCAUUACAGACAUCAUACUUUAAUAAUUUGCUGAUGGUAUACUUAGAAAAUCAACACAAAUUUUCCCCACCAGACAUCCUCACUGAAAUGGAUAAGGCAGGAUUAAAGCCAAACAGGGUGACAUUUCAACUAAUACUUGCACAUUAUUGUGAAGAAGGAGAUGUAGAAAAAGCAAGUCAAAUUUUGGAACAUAUGAAAGAAAUGAAAGUUCCACUAACAGAUACAGUUUUCAAUAGCUUAAUCAUUGGACACUUCAGGGCAAAUGAUGUAGAGGGUGCUGUAAAUAUGUUAGAAUUGAUGAGACAAUCUGGAUUAGAGCCAACAUUGGAAACAUACAAUUCAUUAUUACAAGGCUAUAUAGAAAAAGGAAAUACAGAAGAAGUUAUAAAAAUGAUUUCACAACCACAAGGACAAAAAAUAUCAUUUUUAAGUAGUCAGUUAUUUGAUGCCAUUGUAACAGCACUGAAUCAUGGCCAUGAAGAACUUGCCUUUCAGAUCUUUGAUACAAUGAAAGACUCUACAAUGCUAAGAGGAAGAGGAACAAAUUUAUUAAGAAGUUGUAUACAGAGAAUGGCAUAUCAUGGACAUAUUGAUGCUACUUUACGGAUGUGGGAAGAUGUUGUUCCAGUCGAAAUUAUAAAUAGGGAAAUGAUUAAGUCUAUUAUCUUAAAUCUGGAUCCUGAAAAAAAUAUUUCAGCUUUAUUAAACAUACUUAAAGACCAACCCCAAGAGUCAAUGGAUAUGGAUUACUGCAUCAAGUUGUGCUGUAGAGAGCAAAAAUUUGAUUGGAUAUUGAAAUUUUUAGAAAGAGCUAAUACUGUGAAAUGUUUUGAAGAAGGCCAUAUAAGAUUUAUUUUUAAACUGUUUCAAGAUGACCAGGAAGCUUUACUUCAAGUCACAGAUGUAUUAGCAAAGAAUCAAAAUAUGAAAACAAGAGGAAAUAUUGGUCAGUGUUUAUGCAAGUGCAUUAUUCCUACUAUGGUGAAAAAGGAAGAAUCAGUGGAAGAUUUUUUGGACAAGAUGAGGGAAAAAGGUUAUCCAGAGGAAGAAAUUGAUUCUUGUACUUUUUAUCAUUUAUUGACCAGUGAUGUAGAAAAGGCUUUUGAGUUUGCAAAGGACAAAAAGAUAUAUAUGUUCCCAGAAAUGCGUCAAAAGUUGACCAACCUUGAUUUGACACAGCAUUGGAAACCUGUUAUGGAGGUUAUGUCAAGGUCACCAGAAAAGUUUUUCAAGAACAAACUACAGAUGCUAGAAAAUAUAUUCGACAAAAAUUCAGCUUCUUUAAAUGAUAUCGUGGCUCAUUACAAAUCACUGGGCAGUUUUCUUGGUUAUGGUGCUAGAGAUAUGUUAAGACAGCGAGGAAUUAGUACUGACAAAAAUAUGAACAGAUGGGCAAACUUUUCUAAUCCUGAAGAGUCACAGAAGAGAAGAGAGAUAGUGCAAAUGAUUGAUCAAUUUAGAAAUCUGUUUGCUGAUCAGAAAAUAGAUGAAGCUGAAAAAGUAUUGCAUAGCAUAGAAGAUACUGGAGUGAAGAUUUUAUCAUCAUAUGUUAUUCGUGUGGCAUUGAGGAUUUAUUCUCUCUACAGGAAAAACUUGUUAUUAAGUUUGAAAUAUUUAACAAUUCUUGAAACUGAUUUCCCUGAAAGUCAAUACUGGAAUGAAUUGUUAAUGACUUGUGGAUUACUGAUAAAAGCCGGACAAUUUGAAGAAGUUAUGCCUCACAUUAAGUUGUAUGCUGACAGAUGCAGUUUAAGUUUACCACUGCAAUUUAGAACUGAUGUUUUACAAUUCCUUGCUGAAAGUAUGGCUGAAAAACUGGAACCCAGUGAAUCAAUGGACUUUCUAUUAAAAUUGAGUGAUAUCUCUUUCAUUCAAAAAAAUACUGAAGGUUUGGUGACAAAGUUUUUACUGAGAGAAUACACGAAAAGAGAUGAUCCCACUCUUCCAAGGAAAAUAGUUGAUCUUGUAGUAUCGAGAAAGAAUUUAGGGAUGAUGUCAUUGUAUCAAAUGUUUAAUUUCUUCAUUGUAAAGGGGGAUAAUGACGCAUUACAAGAAGUUACUGACAUUUUCAUAACUCAACACAGUCAAUCCUAUGUACUUGUGAACUUACUUGGUUCUCUAGUUUACAAUGGUAAAGUACAGCCAGCUAAAGAACUCCUCCAGACUGAAGGAUUAAGAAGUAAUGAUAAGAGUUUGAACUAUCUUUGUUCUGAGUUCAUCCGGGACAAGAAGAUAGAAGAAUUGGCAACUUUGGUACAACUGACAGAGAAACUGCCUGGAUGUAAUAGAGAUCAGAUGUUAUGUAACUUAAUAAGAGGAUAUGUUCAGACUAGGGAUUUUUCAUCUGCAAAAGAUGUGUUGAAAAUGUAUGCUGAAGAGGAAGUCAAACCCUCCCCAGAGACAAUCAAUUAUCUGAAUAAACAACUGACAGCAAAUGGAAUGGAAAAAGUUCAAGAUCUACAGGCAAAAGAAAUAAGUUCUAUUCCAGAUAGUGAACAAAUAGAACAAGUAGAACAAAUAGACAGUUCAUCAAAUUCUGAAAGCUCAUCAAGUUCUGAAAGCUCAUCAAGUUCUGACAGCUCUGAUUCUGACGAGGAACCUAGUAAAAGUAGCUGACCUGGUUGACCUUUAGGAUAUUUAUUAUUUUGUUUGUUUGUGAUAUUCAACAUGCAAGUUAUGAUGAUGAUUUAUUGACAGUGACAUUCUGGAGAUAUUUCAUCUGAAGUGUGACAGAAGAAAAACAUUUACCAAGAUUAUAGACGAUUUACUUACUAGUAUCAUACUUAGUGGUUGAAGUCCAUUUGUUACAACUAUGUGACUGAGGACUGAUUCUUACAAGUCCUGUGCUAUUUAUAACUAUCAUCAUUAGCCACCAUGUAAGAAUUGAUAGAUACAAACAGAAGGGCUCUUUCUUGAUGUCUAUCAGCUUAAUAUUGUGGCCUAAUUAUCAUCAACUAUUCAUUAUAUCAUUGUAGACAUGACUAUAGACGUUAUUUGAAAAGUUGCGAAUGAAUAUUGUUUAUCAUUGUUACAUAUAUUGUAGUAAUCCACUGAACAUGUUAAUGGCAAUAGAACUGAGGACUUAUUUUUAAUCAUGUUUGACAGAAAAUGGCUUUUUGUAAUUACCAAUUGCUGCUUUAUCCAGCCUUCAAAUGUAUCAUAGUCAUAAUAUAUAGAGAACAUUGUACAUUGUUCUAUGAUCUUAUUUUGCAUACACUGAUAUUUUGUUAAAAGUAGUAAUUUGUACUUGUAAAAACUUAAAUCUAUCAACUGCUAUUAUAUCACUUGGUGUCUGUUUAUCUAAACAUAUACAUUGUAAUUUGAGAACAGCUGUAUGCUUCUUUUUGAAUUUUAAACAAUUACAACACCAGUCCUUGUCAACCCUGGAAUGCCAUUUUUUAUUAUAGAUGAUUGGUUAAAUUAAAAGGUUCCUCUUCAUAUUCAGUAAACAAAUUAAAUACCAAUUCUGUCAGAAAUUGUGUAAAUCCAGUUCAGUUCUUAGUGAAACAUGCCUACCAAGAAAAGGUAUUGAAACAUGGAAUUUUGUGUUAAAAUGUUUGUUUUACAUUACUGUUUCAAUUGUCUUAAAAUAAAUAAAAUUAAAACAUUGUAACUACUUUACCAAUUAUGUUAGUGUGGAAUUAGACAAACAAGACUGUAACUACCAUGAUAUGCUAACAUUUAAAUGAUACCAGAUAGUUUAAGAAAUGUGUAAUCAAACUAUUAAAGAUUUUGUUUUGGUUAAGUGACUUCAUGUUCUUUCCAGAACAUGAUCAUAAUAAACACAAGAAAUAAUAGAAUAAAAUUCUUUUCAAAACUGGUUUAUAAUGGAAAUUAUUGUAAAUGGAAUCAAGUUCACUUCUUGUUUGUUAUUGAUGUUAGUAUGAAUUUGUUUAUAAUGUAAAUGUGUUUAAUUACAAAUUGCAGAUUCAUUUUUUAAAUAAUUUUUAUGAAUGAA